CUAGGGAUGGCUCGAGAAAGAGGAUUAUUCUUUGUCCUUGACUGACAUCUAGUGGACACUGGUGGCAAUGCAGUGGCGCCGAAUACGGCGGAUACGGAGGGAACGGUUUUGGAGAAGCUGCGGCUGUACAAGUUUCUGAGCCUCCUGCGAAUCGUCACUGAUGGGAUCCCGCCAUUCGGAAAGGAUCCGGCGCUUCUCAUCCAGAACCAAAACUUCGACGGCGUGACGGUACGGGUCUAUCAGCCGAAAGCGGAGUCGUCGGCAAAAAGGAAAGGGUUCCUCUUCUUCCACGGAGGGGCCGGGACGUACGGAAGUGUCGACUGCUAUGAGAGAAUAAUGCGGCAUAUUUCCCGAGAAGCGGACGCUGUGGUCGUGGCGGUGGAGUACGGAUUGGGACCGGAGAACCCCUACCCCAACCAGUACACCGAGUGCGAGAAGGCCGCCAUCCAUUUCCUGAAGCACGUGGACGACUAUCACGUGGACUCCUCCCGGAUCAUUGUGUCCGGGGACAGCUGCGGAGCCAAUUUCGCCACCCGGAUUUGCCAGCUGCUGCUGUCCCGAAGCGACCUCCCCCGAAUCCAUUCCCAGGUCUUGAUCUACCCGGGUCUCCAGGGCAUGGACUUCUAUUUGCCGUCCUAUCAGCAGAACAGCAAGGUGCCCAUCCUGUGGAGGGAGACCGUCAUCUACUUCUGUUGCCUUUACCUCAACAAGACCACCUCGGUCAUCAACGACGUCCUCGAAAGCCGCCACGUCCCGGAGAGCAUUCGGCAGAAAUAUCGGAAGUGGGUCCACGCGGAUUUGGUCCCCGAGGAAUUCAAAGCGAGGGGCUACCGUCCCCAAGAACCCGGCUUGUAUCAGUUCAAGCCCAACGUCUACGAGGAGAUGAAAGACAUCUUGGAGGAAAACUUCUCGCCGCUUUUUGCCCCGGACGAGACGAUCUCCAAGCUCCCGCAGACAUAUAUUUUGACCUGCGAGUUCGACGUCCUGCGGGAUGAUGGGUUGUUGUACAAGAGGCGGCUGGAAGACAACGGGGUUCCGGUGACAUGGGUCCACGUGGAGAAUGGUUUCCACGGCGUCGCCAUCCUCUUCGGGUAUGGGAUUCUCUCCUUCCCGUCGGCAGGACGGAUCGUGCGCGAGACGACGGAUUACAUCAAAGGCCUGUGAGGCAAACGGAUACGGAAAUGAAGCCAACACAAGAGCUGAGCCGAACUGAUUUAGAGACCCGUUUUCCUGAGGAAAUAAUGUCAUUUCCUUGUCCACUUUGGUACAAAGACCCAUCUUCUACUACGUCUUGGUACCACUUUUCUUCAGAGGCGUAAACUUUGGAGAAAGCACCAAACUCAACAUCAAAUAGACAUGUCCACCUCGAUUUUGGAAACCGAAACAUCUCACUGGAAACUGAGGAAAGUCAUUGAUGUCCAACGAAGUGAAAUAAUCUCUCAGGAAUGACUUUGUUUCCUUGAAGAGAUCCAUCCACAAGUCCACUAAUAUGGUAGUCAACAACUAUGGUUGCGUCUUCUGAUCAGAAGUACAGAAAUUGAAACUGUACAAUAUGAAGGAUACAUAUGUUCCUGACUGCGGAGACCUGGAACUGCAGAUGCCAGGGACCAUAUUUUAGUUCUCGUGGACCACUGGUGGUCCACGGACCACAGGUUUACGGGGAUUUUACUGAAUUGGGGCCAAGUUCGGUAGUGCGCAUAUGGGAAAGAAGACCAGAGACUUCCAUGUUUGUUUAUUUAUUUAUUUAUGUAUUUAUUUAUUUAUUUUAUGGCAUUGAGGUCCUAUUAUGUAGCCGAAGAUCACGGACGGCCUACAAGUACCGCAUUUAGUCGAAUCUAAUGCUCUCCUUGUUUGGGCUCAAUACCCGUAUUUCCUUAUGAAUUAGACUGACUACGCUAAUGAGAAGGAUCCACGGGAAUAUCUAGUUGUUCGUGUGUGUUAUUUAUUGAACGUUGCCUAUUUAAAUAAAUACAUGAGAAGAUGUUCA